AUCCAAUGUCUAAACCUCUGCAAACCCUCGGCACGUUCGUCUCUUCGCAGUCUGCGCUCUACAAUGCUUUCUCGCUUAAUCUCCAAAUCGUCUCAAUUUCAUCGCCUGUUAGCUGUAAUUCCUUCUAAAUCUUGUUUGCUGGCUUCGAAACCGAUCAAUUUGAGCCCCAUUUUGUCGAAUCCGGUGGAUUAUUUCGCCCCUAAGGUUUCGCAUUUCGCGUAUUUUUCGACAAAAAGGGGGAGGGGAGGGUCUGGCGAUGAUUCAGCUAAUUCGACUACCGAUUUGUGGAAACUUUCAUCAGAGGCUGACGACCAGGAUGAGGAAUCUGUGUUUCCGUCGGACUCUGCAAGCCUCGAAGGACUUGAGGAUGUAGACGGCGAGUUAUUUCAGAAUGGCGAUGGUAAGGAGGGUGAAAUUGCACCCGAGGUUGAAGGUAAGGACAUGAAUUUAGUGAGUAGCGAUGUUUCCACUCCGGCGGAAGCAAAUAGCGGCGGCGGGUUUGAGGACUGGGGGACGCAUGAGGAUUUUAAAGCUUGGGAUUUCGCGGCGGAGGGGAAAGAAGCUGCGGAGGAUGUGUUUGGCGUUGAAGGAGAGAUUGGGGAAACCGAUUUCGGUGGUUUGGCGGAUGAAUCUGGGGACAGCGUUGGAAACGAAAAGAGUGAGCAGCAGAAGGAGCUUGAAUCGGAGGCUAAAGCCUUGACAGAAGUUAUCAAAGGGCCGGAUCGUGCGUUUGGUGAUCUAAUAGCUGCAUCGGGGAUAACGGACGAGAUGCUGGACAGUUUAAUUGCUUUAAAGGACUUUGAAGGCAUUCAAGGACUUCCUCCUCUAUCCGAAAUUGAAGACAGCCGAUACAUGAAGAAUACCCGAAAAUCCAGCCGAGCUGAAAUAGAGCGCCAAAAACAAGAGGAGGUGGCGAAGGCACGAAUCAGACAGGUGGAUGCUAAGGGAAGGGCUUAUGGAACCGGUAGAAGGAAAUGCAGUAUCGCCCGUGUCUGGAUUCAGCCGGGGGACGGCAAAUUUAUGGUAAAUGACAAAGAAUUUGACGUAUAUUUCCCAAUGCUCGAUCAACGAGCUGCUCUUCUCCGCCCUUUCUCUGAAACAAAAACAUUGGGCAUGUGGGAUGUUAAUUGCACCGUUAAAGGAGGGGGCACCUCAGGUCAAGUUGGAGCCAUUCGAUUGGGCGUCAGCCGAGCAUUACAAAAUUGGGAACCCGGAUUCCGCCCUCCUUUGAAAGAAGCCGGUUUUCUAACAAGGGAUUCAAGAGUAGUCGAAAGGAAGAAGCCCGGAAAAGCUAAAGCGAGGAAAAGCUUCCAAUGGGUCAAGCGUUAGCCCAAUUCUUACACAAAUCCAAAUUCUUCCCUCGGUAUGUCUUUUACAAUAAGAAGAAGCUCUUGUUUUAGUCGAAAAUUAUAUCGCUUGACCUUAAUUUUGAGUAUGGGAAUUAGCAAGUCGCCUCUCCUUCCCCUACCUCUAUGAGUUUGUGUGUUAAUGAUGCAGCAGCAACAAGUGCUUUGUAUAAUGGGGAUUCAAAAUUCUUUUUAUGGUAUAUUUUUGACCUUGGGGCAUCUUGUAUUGGAAACAUGAGAUUUCUAAAUGAAGAAACUUUAAUGAACUUGACAUGACACUCGUUUGUUUCUUU